UGGAGGAGAGAAGGAGAACAACAGCUGGAGAGCUUCCUCUUCCGACUCUCCGCUGAGAUGUUGGAGGCAACUGAAAGGCUAAAGAAAGCACUGUGGAGAACUGAGAAUCACACGCUGCAUUAAAAUGCAAAGCAAACCAAGGCAGCAAUCAAAAUCCCAUCAGGUGAUAGACAAGGAAAACCCCAAAACUCUUGUUCUUCCCCAGCAGGUAACAGCAAGGAAGAGAAAACCAGGAAAAGAGUUUUGAACUGGAGAAAAUAAGUGCAAAGAAGCUGAAAAUAAGAGCACACUGACAAUAAGAGCCAUUGAUAAUAACAAGCAACUUUGAAAAGGAAAGAAAAUCAAGCCAGAAAUAAAAAUAUUUUCCAUUUCCUUCAGAAAACCACGCAAUUCUCCUUCUCCAGCAGUAGAUAGACAAAAGAGAGAAAAUUAAGAAAGAUUUCAAACUGGAAUAAGCAGAUUAUGCAGAACUCAAGCAUAAUUUCAUGAAAAGUCAAGGAAGAUUAUUUUUUAUUCGGCAAAAGAGGGAAAUAUCUGGAAAUUAGUGUGGUGGAAAGGGUCAAUUGGAUAGCUACAUAGGCCAGAUUGUGAUGCAGGCCUCGCUCUGGGAGGAAGAAAAAGGCUUUAAUCAAAACUCCACUGAAAGGAGGAUCACAGAUAUUUUUGCUGUCAAGAAUAUUAGUGUUGGAAAAGCUCCAUAGAUGCCCCUAUUGUGGGAAAAACACAGAUUGCAAACCACAGCUGAUUAUGCACGAGAAGAUCCACACAGAAUAAAAUCCAUAAAAGUGUUCCCAAUGUAGAAAAUACUUUAGUGAGCAUGGCAACAUGGUGAUACAUCAGAGGACUCACAUCCUAUAUCUGUGUCCAGAUUGUGUAAAAGUUUCAUUGGAAAUUCCCACCUUAUGAGACAACAGAGAACUCGCAUAGGGGAGAAACUCUUUGAGUGCCCUAUCUGUGGGAAAAGUUUCAGUCACAAUUACAGCCUGGUGAACCACCAGAGGACUCACACAGGAGAGAAACCUUUUGAAUGUCCUGAUUGUGGAAAAAGUUUCAGUCAAAAUUCCAACCUAGUGAGACACAAAAGGACUCACACAAGGGAGAAACUGUUUGAAUGUCCUGAUUGUGGUAAAGGUUUUAGUCAAAAUUCCAACCUUAUUAGCCACCAGAAAACACAUGCAGGAGAGAAACUGUUUGAAUGUCCUGAUUGUGGAAAAAGUUUCAUUAGAAAUUCCCACCUCGUGACACACCAGAGAACUCACACAGGAGAAAAACCUUUUGAAUGUCCUGAUUGUGAAAAAUGUUUCAAUCAAAAUUCCAACCUGGUGAUACACCAGAGGACUCACACAGGAGAGAAACCCUUUGAAUGUACUCAUUGUGGGAAAAGUUUCAUUAGAAAUUCCCACCUCCUUAGCCAUCAGAGGAUUCACACAGAAGGGAUACCCUUUGAAUGUCCUGAUUGUGGGAAAUGUUUCAGUGAGAAUUUCAGCCUGGUGAAACACCAGAAAACACACACAGUAGAGAAACCAUUUGAAUGUCUGGUUUGUGGAAAAAAAUUUCGUCGGAAUUACAACCUGAUGAUACACCAGAAGAUUCACACAGGAGAGAAACAGUAUGAGUGUCCAGAUUGUGGAAUAAGUUUCAGUCAGAAUUCUGAUUUGGUGAGACACCAAAGGACUCACACAGGAGAGAAACCAUAUGAAUGUCUGGUUUGUGGAAAAAAAUUUCGUCGGAAUUCCCACCUGAUGAUACACCAGAAGAUUCACACGGGAGAGAAACCGUAUGAGUGUCCAGAUUGUGGAAUAAGUUUCAGUCAGAAUUCUGGUUUAGUGAGACACCAGAGGGCUCACACAGGAGAGAAACCUUAUGAAUGUCCAGAUUGUGGGAAAAAUUUCAGUCGAAAUUCCAGCCUGGCAAUACACCAGAGAACUCACACAGGAGAGAAACCAUAUGAGUGUGCAGAUUGUGGAAAAAGUUUCAGUCAGAAUUCUCAUCUGAUGAUACACAAGAAGAUUCACAAAGGAGAGAGACCAUAUGAAUGUGCAGAUUGUGGGAAAAGUUUCCUCCGGAAUUCAGAUUUGGUGAUACACCAGAGAAGUCACACCGGAGAGAAACCAUAUGAGUGUCCAGAUUGUGGGAAAGAUUUUAGUACCAAGUCUGGUCUUAUAAAUCAUGUAGGUAUACACACAGGGGAGAAACCAUUCAAAUGCCUGGACUGUGGACGGUGUUUCACAAACAGUUCCUCCCUUACUGUGCACAAGAAAGCUCGCAUAGGGGAGAAACCCUUUGAAUGCCCUAUCUGUGGGAAAAGUUUCAGUCACAAUUACAGCCUGGUGACCCACCAGAGGACUCACACAGGAGAGAAACCUUUUGAAUGUCCUGAUUGUGGACAAAGUUUCAGCCAAAAUUCCAACCUGGUGAGACACAAAAGGACUCACACAGGAGAGAAACCUUUUGAAUGUACUGAUUGUGGAAAAAGUUUCAUUAGAAAUUCUCACCUUGUGAGACACAAGAGGACUCACACAGGAGAAAAACCUUUUGAAUGUCCUGAUUGUGAAAAAUGUUUCAAUCAAAAUUCCAACCUGGUGAUACACCAGAGGACUCACACAGGAGAGAAACCUUUUGAAUGUACUGAUUGUGGGAAAAGUUUCAUUAGAAAUUCCCACCUCCUUAGCCAUCAGAGGAUUCACACAGAAGGGAUACCCUUUGAAUGUCCUGAUUGUGGGAAGUGUUUCAGUGAGAAUUUCAGCCUGGUGAAACAUCAGAGGACUCACAUAGGAAAAAAACUGUUUGAAUGUUCUGAUUGUAGAAAAAGUUUCAAUCAGAAUUCCCAGCUUGUGAUACACCAGAGGAUUCACACAGGAGAGAAACCCUUUGAAUGUCCUGAUUGUGGGAAUAGUUUCAGUCAGAAUUGCCACCUUGUGAGACACCAGAGGAUUCACAUAGGAAAGAAGCAGUUUGAAUGUCCUUUCUGUGGGAAGCGUUUCAAUCACAAUUCUAACCUAGUGAUACACCAGAGGACUCACACAGGAGAGAAACCCUUUGAAUGUGCUAUCUGUGGAAAAAGUUUCAGUGAGAAUUACAGCCUGGUGAAGCACCAGAGGACUCACACAGGAGAGAAACCCUUUGAAUGUGCUAUUUGUGGGAAAAGUUUCAGUCACAAUUCCAGCCUUGUGAUACACCAGAGGGCUCACACAGGAGAGAAACCCUUUGAAUGUCCUGAUUGUGGGAAAAGUUUCAGUCGGAAUUAUGACCUGGUGACACACCAGAGGAUUCACACAGGAGAGAAACCCUUUGAUUGUUCUAAUUGUGGGAAAAGUUUCAGUCGGAGUUAUGACCUGGUGAUACACCAGAGGACUCACACAGGAGAGAAACCCUUUGAAUGUCCUGAUUGUGGUAAAAGUUUCAGUAAGAAUUCCAACCUAGUGAAACACCAGAAGACUCACACAGGAGAGAAACCAUUUGAAUGUCCUGAUUGUGGGAAAAGUUUUGGUGAGAGAUCCUACCUCAUUGCACACCAGAGGACUCACACCGGAGAGAAACCAUUUGAAUGUCCUGAUUGUGGGAAAAAUUUCAGUCAGAGUUCCCAGCUUGUGAUACAUCAGAGGACUCACACAGGAGAGAAACCAUACGAGUGUCCAGACUGUGGAAAAGCUUUCAGUACUAGCUCUAAUCUUAUAAAUCAUGUGCUUAUACACACAGGGGAAAAACCGUUUAAGUGCCCUGAAUGUAGACAGUGUUUCAGAAAACAUUCCACCCUUAUCACACAUAAGAAAAUUCACAUGAGGCCCACAGUGAUGAGUGUAAAGAAGUCUUGAAUUUUAUUUCUAAUGUUCCAUUGUAAGUCCAGCUGAGAAAUUGACCCUUUAAUUUGACUACAAAGAAUUUGCCUGAUUUUUUUGUAGUCAAAUAUGUCGUAUUAGACGGGAAGGAGGAAAGAAAA